AAAUAAUGAGUAAUCAUUCUAAGAGAUCAACUCUCAUGAAAUGUAAUACUAUGAAGGCACCGAAAUAAUUGAGAAAAGCCAAAUCUUUUUAUUCUCAGGCUGAAACCUUCCAACUUAGUAACCAAGUUGAUGGAACUGAUGAAAAACUGAAGUAAUUUUGACAAUAAUAAAUAGGAAAUUAGAGUAAUCAUUCCAUAACCAAUCGGAUUAUAAGAUUAUGCAAUCUUAAACUAGAUUUAAUAAGACUUUGUCAGUUCAUAAGAAAAACAAUAUUGUUGCAGAGACUAUUAUCCCAGAAUGGUUGAAAUCUAGGAAGGAUUUUCAAUAAAUUUGUUAUACAGAGACUAUAAAUGAUUUAUUGUCUGUUCCCAAGAUAAUUUUGAAAUAGCAAAGAAACACAAUUGAAGAUUAAAAGAUAAAAGAUUGGAUUCAAAAUAAAGUUUAUGGAUUACCUGAUGAACUUUAUAAGGAUAUCACCUAAAUUAUGACUACCAGAGUUUUUGCAUUUGAAGAGAUCUUUGAUGUCGAUCACAACAUCACUGUCUUGUACGAGGGCAAAGUCUAGAGGGUCAAUAAAGAUCUAGGCUUCCCUAUUAAUGGUCCUCCCAUUAAAGUGGGCGAAUUCUUGAGUGAUGAAUAUCUCUACAUGGUUAAGACUGAUGUUAUAAUUGUAGAAAUACCAAAGAUUGAAUUGAUGCAACUCAUGGAUGGAUUCAAAAUUUCAAAAUUAGAAUAAUUUGUAUAACAAAUGAAGCAAUUUCCUGCUUUCAAAUCUAUCAAGAAAAAUAGCUUACACAAAAUCAUUACGAGAGGGCAAUUGCAACUAAUCAUCAAGAAUUACUAAAGGUUUUAAAGGGCUUCGAAUCAGGAGUACUUAAACAUUCUCUUCUAUGGCAAAUUACAAUUGAAUCUACGAAAACUCAUCAGCAAAAUGAAUAAAUGGCCCAUUGCUUAAAAUUAGUGGGAAACCAAAACCUAUUAUUAAUAUCAGGAUAGGAUUUUAGAACUAGAAUCUCUCAAUUGCUUUGGACUCACAGAUGACUAAUACACUAUAUCGACAAAGGAGAGUUGUGUACUAUUGUAAAUUAGAAGAAAUAUUUUAGAAACAAGUAUUAAUGCAAGAGAUUAACAUAGUUCUGACAACAGAAUAGAUAAAUGAUUUGAAAUAAUCAAUUGAUAUAUUCAAGAAGGAAUCUAAAAGUCAAUGGAGAGAACGAAUGAGAAGAAAGUUUGAUUUGGAAAUCAUUCAACAGAAACUACGCAUGGAAAAAGUAAUGAUUGCUUUGCUAAAUAAUUGAUUAUAUAAUUUUAAUGUCUUUUUAAAUAUAACAUUAUGUUAUAGGUAACAAUUAUAAUUUUGAAUAAGAUUAGUUAAUGGGAAAUGGUAAAUAUGGCAAAAUUGUGAUGGCUAAACAUUAACUAGUUCAUGAAAAAGUCUGCAUCAAAAUAUUGGAGAAAAAGAAUCUCAAAUUUAAUCAAGAUUUCGAAAAUCUUGAAAACGAAAUUCACAUACUCAGACAAAUUAAUCAUCAGAAUGUAAUCCAUUUAUAUGAAGUAAUCUUAAUCCAGUUAAAUAGAUCUUGGAAUCCACUUAAAAUAUUUACAUGAUAUUUGAAUAUGGCGAAGGAAAUGACUUGAAACAUAGAUUAAACUAAUGUCAAAAGUAUCAUAAAUAUCAUAUAUUGAUUUUCAGAAGCCGAAUCAUUAAUAUAUUUGUAGCAAAUAGCCAAAGGAGUUUCCUAUCUCCAUGAAAAUAACAUAGUUCAUUGUAAACUGAGAUUAGGGAAUAUCGUACUCUAAAAUGGAAGGCCUAAGAUCAUUGAUUUUAGCGAUUCCAUAAAGAUCGACAAACAAAGGGAUAAAGAUUAUUCUAUAAUUAAAUUACCAUAUUAAUCUCCAGAAAUGUUAAACUCGCUCUAUUAUGAAUUUGAUGGUGAACAAUAUGAUAUCUGGUGUUUGGGGCUAAUUCUUUAUUAAAUGUUAUAAGGGCAACUACCAUUUGAUAACACAACUAAUAAUAAUGAUUUAAAGAGUAAAAUUAAGAAAUCAAAAUUUUAAAUUAAUUAUCCUAUUUCUUAAUAGGUUUGUUAAUUGUUAGAAGCAAUGCUUAAUGCUGAUCCUAAUAAAAGAAUUAAACUUAAUGACUUAAAUAGUUACCUAGGCACUUAAAAUCUACAAUUUGAGGAUGAUUAUUUGAAAGUUCCCAUUGAUAUACCGAUGCAUGUGAUAAUUUAAGAAUUGGAAAAUUACCAAAUAGAAACAGUUAAUUUAUUUCAAUUAUUGGAAUAGAAUAAACAUUGUACAUUGACUACAUGUUAUUAUUUAAUAAAAAAUAAAUUAAUGAAAUUGGCUAAACUGAAAAAAGUUAAAUUAAAUCUAAUGAAUUUCGAAAAUAGUAAAUUUAAUUUUAUGACAACCUUAAGAAACAGUCUAUAAUUCGCAACAAACAAGUGUAGAAUUUAUUAGAAUGCCACAAGAGUCCAUACUGAAAAUAAUAAAAAUAAAUCUGAAAGCUUCUCUUAAAAUUUAUAUCAAUAUAAAUCGUUGAGUAGAACAAAUAAUAGGAAGGUUUCAAUAGUGAAAUAGCCUGAACAGAGUCCAAAAUAAUUAUAAACUUAAAAUUCGUUCUUUCCUUCCUAAAAUUCUCCUCAUAUUGAUUAAUAUAAUAACAAUAUUCACAAAGGUAGUUACAAUCAAAAUUUAAAUAGAUAAGAAAUAAUUAGUGAUAAUUAUUCUAUAUAGUAAGAUAAAUAGCAACAAAGAAUAAGGAAUGCGUUGUUUCCUAAUAAAAACUUCAUAAUAUAGGACAAAAAUAAAAAAAGGAGAUCAACCUCAUAAAAAAUUUGA